UUGAACUCAACUGGUUACGAAAAUAUAUACUUAAUAUUUGAAAAGAAAUUUUGACAGCAAUGGCGACUAUCACAAUUCUUGUCUUUAAUUUACUGAUGGGUAUUACUAAGUGCUCCCUAAAUUGUCCCACUGAAAAAUCGCAUCAGGUGCAGUUCCACCUGGUUCGUCAGUGUCAACGAGCCUCGGCGCAGGAUGCACUGGCUCUGGAAAAUACCUCUUCCUUGGAGGACUGCGUGAAUCUAGCUGUUGAAAUGCGGGGCCUGGCCAUAAACUAUGCUCCUGGAGGACCCAAGAGAAGGAAAAACAUAUACGAUCAGAGAUCCUUGGGAACGGAGACUCAAAAGCAACAGCACAUACGGAGUCGAUUGACUGCUUUCGAACAGCCUGGGGAGUUUUUCAACUGCCAUGUGCUGCCGUGUCCCCAGAAUAGCACCUUUUCCGGCAUGGUCAACGAUAGUCGCUUUGAUUAUUACAGUUUAUAUGGCAGGCCAGAAAUUGUCCGGAACUAUAGCUGCAUACCGCAAGCUGGCCUAUUUGUGAUCUAUACCCAGCCCAGUAUCUACUUGAAUGCCUCCUUGACCUGCACCAAUUCUUCGGAGUUCACUGGCAGUCUGGCCCACGUAGCCUCUGAGCACAGAACCAACUCCUUGGCUCAGUGGUUACGGGAGUUUAACAAGAGGCCUCCCAUAGAGACAAAUAUCUUCUUGGCUUAUGUGGGUUUGGUGUACAAUAGCUCCACUUCCCUUAGCCGCCGGGAUUUUAGGAAUUCCCAGCUGGAAAGCCUGCAGUGCUUUCUUUAUAGAGCCUGGGAGGCAGGUCAUCCUCGUAUCAGUCAGGAGUUGACAAAUGCCAGCUGCGUGGCCCUAACGCCUCAGGGAACUUGGAAAACCCUAAACUGCGACCGGCAGCUGCCUUUCAUCUGCGAAAUUCACACGGCCCGGCCAACUGCCACCUGGGAGCACUCCGAAUCCGAGCUGGACAUUGGCCCAAAUGCGGUCUUCGAGUGCGAAAACGAUUGAGUCCUAUUCGCAGCCGUUUUAUUCACUUAAGCAGUUUUCAAAACACAAAAGCCAAAUAUAGUUAUUAUGUGGUGGUAAUCCGGUUGCCCGCCUCUCGCACGCCGUGUGUGUGUGUGGAAA